AUUGAACAAGAUCCAGAUCAUAAUGGAAUCUAUUUCUAUCUAUCUAUCUAUCUAUCUAUCUAUCUAUCUAUCUAUCUAUCUAUCAUGAUUCAUUAUUCAUUAUAUACACGUUCAUGAAUCAUGCUUGAGACACACGAUCCUGCUUGGCGCUAACUGCUAACUGCUUCGCACGAUUUCCGAUCAAAUCAAAACAAGCAACGACCACCUCGUUUAAUUUCUCCUUUGGGACUCUCACUGACAUACAAACACUCUUCACAAACCACACUCUCUCCCUCCAAAUCCAAAUUCGAAACCCUAACGAUUGGAUCAGAUCAAAAGAAAAUGGGUUCGAGGGGGGUGCCGAAGAUGGGUUCGUUCCAUUACAGCUUCAGGGAGAAGAAGGAGAGGCUGCUGUCGUCGAGGAACGUGUAUGGCUAUUCACAGAUUGGGGACCCGCUGGUGGAAUCCGACGAGGAGGAGGAGCGGGGGACGGGGAGGUGGUGGUGGAGGCGGUGCUCGGACGGGAUCGUGGAGGGGUGGAAGAUGGCGAAGCAGGUGGCGGCGAGGGCGUGGGAGAUGGGGUGUUCGGAUCCAAGGAAGUUUAUAUUCUCCGCGAAGAUGGGACUGGCUUUGGUUCUAAUAUCGCUCCUCAUAUUUCUGAAGGAACCAUUUGAAAGUGUUAGUCGCUACUCCGUUUGGGCCAUUCUCACCGUCGUUGUUGUCUUCGAAUUCAGCAUUGGUGACGUUUUCUUUACCCUUCCUUCUUCUUCUAACAUGCAAUCAAUUUAGCCAAUAGUGAAAGCUGAAAACUCAUGUGCAUGUGUAUGUGUUCAGGUGCAACUCUUAGCAAAGGGCUUAACAGAGGACUUGGGACUUUGUCAGCUGGAGGACUUGCUUUGGGAAUAGGAGAGUUAACAACAUUGGGUGGUGACUGGCAAGUUCUUUAUACUAUUAUCAGCAUCUUCAUUGCAGGAUUUUGUGCUACCUAUGCUAAACUAUACCCGACAUUGAAGGCUUAUGAAUAUGGUUUCCGAGUGUUCUUGAUCACAUUUUGCUACAUCAUUGUAUCCGGAUAUCGAACUGGAGAGUUUGUUCAGACGUCUAUAAACAGGUUUCUGCUCAUUGCGAUUGGUGCUGCUGUAUCUGUUGGAGUAAAUGUAUGUAUAUUUCCAAUCUGGGCUGGUGAGGAUCUGCAUAAUCUUGUGGGGAAGAAUUUCAUGGGGGUCGCGAAAUCUUUGGAAGGUGUUGUCAAUAACUACCUUAAUUGUGUUGAGUAUGAGAGAAUACCCUCAAAAAUUCUUACCUACCAAGCUUCUGAUGAUCCGCUUUACAGCGGCUACAGAUCGGCUGUUGAAUCUUCGAGCCAAGAGGAAGCAUUGUUAGGUUUUGCUGUUUGGGAGCCACCUCAUGGUCGCUACAGAAUGUUUAAAUAUCCUUGGCAUAAUUAUGUGAAAGUAGGUGGAGCAUUAAGGCAUUGUGCGUUUAUGGUCAUGGCUAUGCAUGGAUGUAUACUUUCUGAAAUACAGGCUCCACCUGAGAAGAGGCAAGUUUUCCAAAGUGAGCUGAAGAAGGUAGGCGCUGAAGCAGCAAAAGUGCUUCGGGAACUCGGAAACAAAGUUCAAAAGAUGGAGAAGCUGGGUCAGGACGACAUUUUGUUUGAAGUACACGAGGCAGCAGAAGAACUGCAACAGAAGAUUGAUAAGAAGUCUUUCAUCCUUGUAAAUUCUGAGAGCUGGGAAAUUGGAAACCGGCCAAGACCAAAGGGCGAACAACAAGAUUUCUCAAACAUGGACGAUGAAAGACGUUUCUUGGAGUACAAGUCUCUCAGCGAAGCUGUCCUCGACCUAAGAUCAGUUAACGUUCCAAAAAAUUGGGAUGAACAAACUGCGGCGCGACCACCAGGUUUCGUUGAAGAAAACAUAUACAAGAAACAGCCUUCUUGGCCUGCUCAUAUUUCCUUUAAGACAGAUGUAGUGUUUAAAGAGGAGGAAUCAAGGACAUAUGAAAGUGCUAGUUCACUGUCUCUAGCAACAUUUACAUCCCUUUUGAUUGAGUUUGUGGCAAGACUCCAGAACCUUGUGGAUUCAUUUGAAGAGUUAGGUGAGAAAGCAAACUUUAAGGACCCUCUUGAGCAAGAACAUGUGAGAAGUGGUUGCUGGACAAGGAUGUUUGAUUGUUUCAGAUCUAAGGAUUGAGACAGUAUCAAUGAUUCUAAGUUAUUAACAUUCUUGUUAAGCAUUUUUACUUGGGUAAUAAUGUUUACUUGCACAAAAUUUUGUCACAUAACUAUUGUAAUGAAACUGUCAAGUGAUUGUCGGAUACCUCUGCUGCGAUUUUAGGCAUUUUUAUUUUGUCUAUAAUGAAAUUACAAAGCGUUUUCCCCUGUAA